AGCAGUAAACCAAAAACGUUGGCAAAAUCUUCCCCCCAAUAUCUUAUCCACUCUACAGCUCAGAGCUCCAGCCAUGGCGUCGCUCUUACUGGGAGCUCUUCCAAUCCCCUCUCAAUCACUCCCCCUCAUCAACUCUCGGAUUUCAUUCUCUCAAUCAGAAUCCCUAGCCACCUCGUUUCCUUCUUCCAAAGCUCCGAUUUCACUCUCCGCCAUUACCACUACUCCUCCACCAGUCCCAACAGUGUAUUGUGGCAGAGGAGAUAAGAAAACUGAAAGAGGAAAGCGUUUCAAUCACUCUUUUGGCAAUGCGAGGCCUCGGAACAAGAACAAAGGCAGAGGACCACCGAGGGCACCGGUUCCUCAAGCUCCACCAAAGCCAGAUAAGUUUGAUAAUGAUGAGAAAAUCAAGAUUGAAAUUGAUGAGUCUUUUAAUGGCUAAUUAAUUUCACAGAAAAAAAAAACCUUUUUCAAUUCACUUUUCUCUUGUAAUAUUUUGACUAUUGAGUUUUUAGUUGCUCCUUUCUUUUUGUAAUACUCUCAAUUUUAUGUUUGUAAUUUCUUUCUUUCUUUUAUGAGUUAAGUUUCGGAAAGUGAGAUUUAGUACACCAAAAAAUGAAGUGUAGUUAAUAAUUCUUGAAGCUCAUUAUAAUAUUCAGUCAAUAUACACUUGUGGCUA